AUGUUAUAUUCAUUAAACUGCUUGGUACUAGGACAAGCUCCUACUAAGAUAUUCAGUAUUUUCUAUGGCGUAUAUUUUCCUAUCCGUGAUUUACAAGUCAAAUUUGAUGAAUUAACUGUUUCAGGAUUCAAGGAAGCUUUAUCUGAAAAAAUUGGAAUAACCGAAAUAAAUGUUUGGAAAGUCAAACUCGGCUUUCAUGAAAUUAAAAACAUUUCUACCAUAGAUGAUAUUAAAAAUCGUGACGAUAACGAGAAGUUUGAUGACGAUCCUAUGUUGAAUUUUAAUCAUAUUAUGUUAAUGCUGACGACGACAAAAGGCCUGAGGCCGGAUAUCUUCAUAUUUUCAUAG